UUAAAAACAGAGCAUAAAAUACCAAAUCCAUCAAAGCAUCACUUCUCUCUCUCUCUCUCUCUCUCUCUCCGCCAUUAAAACACAUAGGAAGAAGCUUCGCUUUGCUUCAAAAUCAGAAAAAGAUAGGGUUUAAUAAAAAGACCCACCUCUAUCCGGAAGACGAAGAGCUCAACUCGCGUUCCUUUUGCGGUCUUUGGAAGUGAAGCGUCGACACCCACCACACGGCGACGGCGAUGCAAACGGCGGCGACGACGGCGGAGAAUAAUCCGCCGGCGCAGAACCAGCGGGAGAUGGUGCUUCAGACGUCAGAGAGCAUGAGUUUCGGCAGCCAUAUGUCGAGGGAGGAUGAGGAGAUGACUCGUGCGGCUCUGUCUGCGUACACUGAAAAAGAGGAUGAGAUCGAGAGGAAGAAGAUGGAGGUCCGCGAGCGGGUCCAGGCUCAGUUGGGUCGGGUCGAGGAAGAGACCCGUCGUCUCGCUUUGAUCCGUGAGGAGCUCGAGUCUCUGGCAGAUCCCAUGAGGAAGGAAGUCUCUGUGGUUCGCAAGAAAAUCGACACAAUGAACAAAGAGCUGAAACCAUUAGGCGCAACGGUUCAGAAGAAGGAGAGGGAAUACAAAGAAGCACUCGAUGCAUUCAACGAGAAGAACCGGGAGAAAGCUCAGCUGAUCACCAAACUAAUGGAGAUGGAGCAGUUGGUGGGAGAAAGCGAGAAGCUGAGGUUGAAGAAACUGGAGGAACUCAGCAAGAGCAUAGAGACCGCGUGAAAAGACAACAAGAACUAAUUUGUCUUAGGGUUUUGUGUGAUGUAUAAUUAUUUUGUUUGCAUCGGUAAAUUAUAUAUAUAUAAUUUGUGGGUAUUUCUUAUUUUUUUUUUCUCUUUUGGGUUUGGUUUGUAAUAUGAUUAACCAAUUAGGCCGUGGAUAGACAAAAGGGAAAUGUUCUUAGGAUACACGUUUUCUUUCUCUGAAUUUUAUUUUGUAUGUGUUGCUUUGAUC